CUCUAGGUACCGAGCGGGGGGAGAUACUUACGUGAUUUUACUUUAUUAAAAUGGCGGUCGGAAGCUGCGAGGUUUUCUAUUUUGCUUUUUAAAUGUAAAAAUGUCAAAAGAUGUUUUCAAAAAAAUGGAGUUACGUCGUAUGCGACUUUAGCGGACGAUGUGUAAAAAACAUACAUUAAAUAUCUUACUGUAGGUCAUACCUACGAGUAAUGUUAAAAUAUCUAACAUAACUCCCUACCAUUUUCAUUUUCCAAUUUGAACGUUCACGGAAGAUCGUCACGCUAAAUUCAAUCUCGGGGCAAAGAUGAAAUAGUGCGCUUGACGAAUCAACAAUACGGCUUGUUAAGAUGCAUGGAGGAAAGUGGUCGUCGCCCGUGUUCAUAAUGUGUUUAGUUGAUAACCGUGAGCCGCGCGCGCCGCCUGUGCCCAGCGCCCACGCAUACUCGUAGCACGCCGCGCCGUCUUAUCAGUCGACAACAUAACACCAUUAACGUGCCGGCCGGGUACCCUGGAAUACUAUUCAUCAUUAAUGCAGGUUCAGUUAAAAGGCUGCUAUAGUGCCACUGAAGAUACAAGGAUUGAUUCACAGGAGAGAACGAUCGACACAUUUCCAGCAGUGUUUGCUAGCAAUUAUUUCAAGAUAGGGCAACUAACAGAGAUACGAUGGCAAACGGCUGGUCAAAAAUCUCAAGAGGGCAACAACAUCGCAAUACACGUCAUUCCACCCGAUGGCGAAGAAGACGACGAGUUCGUGCCGCCGCUGCGCGCGCGCACCCGGAGGAAGAUGAGCACCCCGCUGAGCGCGCUGCCCGGUGCUGCCGACCGACUGAUCGGCAUGUCUAAUGCUCAGCGCAGUAUGCCAUCUCGGUCGCUCUCACCUUUGGACCGCACGAAAAGGCGCUUCAGCACCAUGGUGUCGUCGGCGGCGGCCGCGGCUGUGUCGCGCCGACUGUCCGCGACCAUCGGCUGGUGUCUCGCGACGCCAACGCAUGUCAAGCCUCAAAUUGUGCGGCAGGGUCGCGCGCUGUGUCUACAGUAUAUUAAGACGCAAAUUAGGAGAUCCUCCAUGUGUGCUAAUAAGCAACUCGUAGUGAAGCGCCUACAACGAAUGCUCGAGACUGAAUGUGGGGAAGAGGCGAAUUGCAACGCGGAGACCGGCGUGCUCGCGGGUCUGCGGGCGCUGUGCGCCGCACUCGAGCGCAAGAGACCAGACGCCUUCCGUCAUGUCGCGCGGCAAGCCACGCGAGCUCCAUGUGCCAUGCUGCGCUCUGAUACUGCGUUAGCGGAGUUGGCUUUGGCACUUGCACGCAGGAUCACGAGAGAUAACAUUACAUGGUCGAAGAUAGCAGCAGUGUUUUGUAUUUGCGGGGCACUAUCCCGAGAGGCAGCUGAGGCAGCAGAUGGUGAACCAGCUUUAGAAUUAGUCGCAGCGCCGGCGGCAGCGGUUGCAGACCUUUUGCAUGAGGAGACUGGAUCCUGGAUAGCAGCUAACGGUGGAUGGAACGGCCUGCUGGAGCGACUGCGAGCCAGCGAGCGUGACCAGCGGUCCGAGAAGACACUGCGAGUCUUGGUAUCCUUCUUCACCAUGGCAUUAGUGAUUCUACUGCUGCUGAGAUGGGUGCUACAUGGCCACCCGGCGUACUACGGUUAAUAACCAAAAUAUGUCCUUAUAAAAUGAUCUGCCUUAUAAUUUUCUACGUUAAAAACAACAAUAGUGAAGUUAAUCAGGCCAAAUGACGUUACAUAAAUUAUACCUAGCCGAGCACAAUAGCGCUUGAUCAGAGAAAAGGUUACAUUUAUUUCGAGUUAUGGAAUAUUAUAAAUACAGUUAGAACAAGCUAAGUUGAUAGUGAUUUUGAUAGCCCAGACUGUGCCAGUGUUAUUUUAAACGUCAAACUUAUAUGAAAUUAUGACGUUUAAGUAUUAAAACAUACACAGUUUGUGCUAUCAUCAUCUAAGUAUUUCUCGGGUCACACAAUAGUAUUGUAGUUGAUAGGCUAAUUAGUAUUAUUAAACAUAAUUUAUUUUUGUUAAACAUUAAAUAUGAUAUUCGUGAAA